GUCCCCCUCCCCUCCCCCCCGUGCUGCCCGGCGGGAGCUGCCAGUCUUAAAAUGGACCCAAGCUCGUCGACGGGCCGACUGCACAGGACGGUGUUGUGUCAUUCUGCCGGGCGUCCCGACUCCACCGUGGGGGCCCCGGUGGGUUGCAUGUGGGGAUUUCGCGGGGUGCUUGGCCGACCUUCACAGCCGAGCCACUCGCAGCCAUGGUCAGUCAGUCACCUGACAGGUGGGUGGGCAUCUGGGCAUCCUGACGCCUUCGUGACAUGGGUUGGGCAUGCCGGCCCGCAGUCGUCGUGGUGGAGGUGGUGGAGGUGCUGGCCGGCGGGGGCCUCGUCCCUGGGUCUGAUAUAUAUAUUUACUGUUGGAAGCCCGCCCGCAAUGUACUGGCUCGGCAUCUCCCUGCUGGCCGCCCUGGCCCGGCGCACAGCCGCCUCACCACCCCCGGGAAACAACAGCUCGGCAGGGCCCUCGACAGCCCGCUGGCCGAGUGGCCUGCACCUUGCUGUCGACUACUACCCAUCGCAGUGGCCGGAGCCCAUGUGGGAGCCCGACAUUGCUGCCAUGAGGGACCUCAACAUCUCGUACGUGCGCAUCAACGAGUUCGACUGGGCCAUCCUGGAGCCCGAGGAGGGCGUCUACGACUUCUCGGUGCUUGACAAGACCAUCGAGCUCCUGGGACGCUACGGCCUCAAGGCCAUCAUCGGCACCCCGACUGCCUCCCCCCCGAACUGGCUCGUCGACAGCUACCCGAGCACCAUGUUCGUCGACGUCACCAACACCACCUACACCUUUGGCUCUCGCAGGUACUACAGCUUCAGCUCAUCCUCCUACCGCGACCUGAGCCAGAACAUCACCCGUGUCCUCGCCCAGCGCUACGGCCGCAACCCAACCGUCGCCGCAUGGCAGCUGGACAACGAGUUCGGCUGCCACGGCACCGUCCGCACAUAUGACCCGGACGCCGUCAGGCGCUUCAGGACAUGGCUGCACGACAAGUACCACACAGUCGAGGCCAUGAAUGCCGCCCACGGCAGCGUCUUUUGGUCAAAUCAAUACAAGUCCUUCGAUGACGUCCUGCCGCCCUACCUCCAGGUGUACACCACCAACAAUCUCUUGACACUCGACUUCUUCACCUUCUCGUCCGACAUGGUUGUGGAGUUUGCCAGGGAGCAGGCACAGAUACUCCGUCAAUAUGCCCCAGGACAAGCAGUCACAACCAACUUUAUGAUGCAGUUCACCGACUUUGACCACCACAAGUUCGCCAGGGAAGUAGGUAUCGACUUUGCCACGUUCGACGAAUACCCCCUCGCCGGCCCGGGCCAAUUCUCGUGGCUCUCGGACCAAGACCUCUUCGACACCCUCCGCACGGGGCUCCCGGACUACCAGGCCCUUCACCAUGCCCUGUACAGGGGUAUCGCGGGAGCUGCAUACGGUGAGGCCCAGGGCCCCUUUGGCGUCAUGGAGAUGGAGCCCGGUGUGCUCAACUGGAACCAGCACAGGGUGGCGCCGUGGGAGGGCAUGGUCCGCCUCUGGACUCUUGAGACAUUUGCCGCGUCGGGCGACCUUGUCAACUACUUCCGCUGGCGACAAGUCCCAUACGCGCAGGAACAGACCCUCUCCGGUCUUCACAUCUCAGAUGGGAGCCCGGACGAGGGCUAUUUCGAGGUCAUGGAUGUUGCCGCGAAUGACCUCCCGGUCCUUCGUCAGCAGCUCGGGACAAACACCACCCAUGAGCCACAGGGCGACGUGGCUCUGGUCUUCGACUACACUUCAGUCUGGGUCUGGGGCGUAGAGCCAUACAGUGGAAGCUGGGAUGUCAAGUCUUCAUCCUACACCGGCGCGGGGCUCAACUACGCGGACAUAGUGUAUGCCUUCUACUCGGCUCUGCGACGUCUGGGCUUGUCGGUCGACGUCAUCGGACCAGAGCAGAGCCUUGAGGGGUACAAGAUGGUCGUCGUGCCUACCAUGCCUAUCAUCCCGACCUCUUUCAACGACCAUCUCUCAGCUUACACCGGCCCCAUCGUCUUCGGUCCGCGCUCUGCUGCUCUGACCGCCAAUUUCUCAUACGCCCCAGGAAUUCAGCCGUCCGAGGGUGUACUGCGCGACCGUCUGCCCAUGCGGGUAACACGCAUCGAGACGCCACCGCCGUAUGCGAACAGCGGGGUUCUUUAUGGCGGAAACAAGUACAACAUAAGUUACUGGGAAGAAUGGGUCUCUUGCGAUCGUCACAACGCGACAAGCUUCGCAGCCGUCACUUCUACAUCGCAGCACCGCGCAGGCAGGCCGAUGGCCUGUGUGUCCGGCGACCUGUGGCAUUAUCUGGGCUUCAACCCGCCGGUGGAGUUUCUAGUGGCAUACCUUGGGGACAUAGCUGCAAACGUCAACAUCAAGGAUCUGACCGGGAAGGCGGCAGACAAGGAUAAUGACCUGGGUCGCGGGCUUAGGCUUUUGCGGAGAGGAGACUUGCUCUGGGCUUUCAACUAUGGUACUGACACCACGGCUGCCCCAGACUUGGCAUUCGAUGCGGAGUUGGUCAUCGGAAGCGAAGGGGACAUACCGGCUGCCGGUGUGUCGAUCUGGAAAGUUAGUACUUAAGUGCCUCUAUUUCGCAUACAUCCGAGGACAUACAUGGCGCCUUCAUGCGGUGAGCGGUAGGGGGGAGGGGAGGGUGGAAACAAAAAUAAAAUAAAAAUAAACUCAAUGGUAGACCACUCUUCAAAGAACGA